AAUACAGUUUGGCUGAGAGCCUCAGGCUGGGGCUCACACUGAGGUGCAGGAUCAUGAACCAGCUGCUGAAAUGGCUCACAGUCAUCCUCUAUCUGCACAUAGGGGAAGCAGUCUCCAAAGAGAACGAAGUCCCAUUGAUGGUGAUAGGGACUGUGGGAAAGUCAGUCAUUCUUCCCUUGAGGAUCACAUCAGACAAGAAGAUUCGAAACAUUGUCUGGCUUUCUAGUAAUUCUAUUGCCACUGUCCAAAUAAAUGGACAGAACAUCACUUUCAUAGUGACUGAUCCUCAAUAUGAUCAUCGACUAGAAAUUCUCAAAUCAAACUACUCCUUGCAAAUCAAUAAUUUAAAAAUAAAAGAUGAAAAUUACUAUAAGGGGCAAAUAACCUUCGAGAAUUCCUUUCCAUCUGAACCCUUAAUUCAAAAUUACAAACUACAUGUUUAUGAGGAACUGAGCAAACCUCAAGUUAUAGUAAAUGAUACACUGUCUAAGAAUGGUACCUGUAACAUCAGCCUGCUGUGUCAUAUGAAAAAGGAAGAGAAAAAUGUGACUUACAACUGGAUAUCUCUGAAAGGUGUAGAGGAGGAGAUCCUCCAAGAGGGACCCAUCCUCACAGUCUCCUGGAGAUCUGGGGAAAGUGAGCCUAAUUUAAUCUGCAGAGUCAAAAAUCCUGUCAGCAAUCACAGUGUCCGGGCAAAUCUUUCUAUGGAGCUCUGUACAGAUCCUCAAGGAACAUCAGCUUGGAUUAUAGGAAUAGGACUUAUAAUUCUAGUUUUGCUGAGCAUAGCUUUCUUCAUCAUAGUGGCGGUGUUUAUUUGGAAGAAAAAAGGAGAAGGUUUCUUCCAGGUCUUUAAUGAUCACAUUCUGCAACAAGAGACUACCACGGAGAGUGUCACAGUAUAUGCACAAGUGAAUCAUCCAAACCGGGAAAAUGCUGAAAGUUCUAAUGUCUCAGAACGAAAAAAUUCCCUCACGAUUUACUCUACCAUCCAGUCGUCUAAAAAGAAGAAUGCAGCCAUUCUUCCUGAAACUCCUUCUGGCAAAGACAUCUAAAGAACCAAGCAAGAGUAUCAUUUCAUUCCUCCAGAAAUGUUUCCUCAUCUCUAAAAGAAGGAGGUGGAUUGGAUGUUUUGAGGUCCCUUCCAGCUCUUAAUUCUAUUAUCCUAUAAUAUCUGCCUCACUCUACCUCUCCACUCUAGCAAGGAAGGGAUGGCAGACUUAUCCAUGGAAAAAGUUGCCCUCCAUAUGAUGGGAAACCCAGCAACUUUUCUUGCUAACUAAAAGCAAACUCUGGAGAGCUAGCAUUAUCCUCCCUGUCUUCAAAAAUAAACCAUGAUAUCUAGGUUCUCCUACUGAAGGAAUGGCUUCAUUCCCAGAAAUUAAACCAAGAAAUAUCUCUUCAAUGCUGAGCCAAGAUACAUUUCAGAUAGCAGGACUAUUGAACGACUUUUUCUUUGUCAAAUUAACUGAUGGAAGUCAAGAUGAGUAGGAUUCAAAAGAACCAGAAACUGCUCCCCAUUGAGAACACCAUGGAACCAGGGGACCCAGAAAUCAUCAUUCUUCCAUGAAGACUUCUCUGCAUCCCAGUCACCUUCUCACCUAUUUGUCUUGCCAUCUCCCACUCCUACCCAUUCAGUGAGAAAAGUGGAGAACCGGUCUUCUCCUCCAUGAGAAGUGUCAUUUCUGAGCCAAUAUUCUGCCUUCCUUCUGCUUUCAUCCUUUGAAAUCUACUCUCCUCUUCCAAGUGCUUCUGUUGACUGUGGUUUCUAAGACGCAUUUCCACCUUGGUGACUACAGAACCUGGUAUGAAUUCUUUUUCUUCCCUUCAUACCAAGGAAUUCCCCUCAGAGACUCUGACAUCCCCAUUAGUGAGCUUUUAUGUACCCCGGCCUCCUGUUUCCUUGGCCUUCAAAAUUGUAAAGACCUCCUCCUCUUCACAUUAAUCAUGAGUUCCACUUCACCUUGGUGUGGCUAGACCUCAUCAAAACUGCAAAGUGGGCUGAAAAGAAAACUGAACUUAGAAAUGAGAACACAGGAAUUCAACUCGGGCCUCUGACACGUACUACCUCUGCAAUCAUGGGCAAGUCUCUUAGCUCCUCUUUCCUUGUCUGUAAAAUGGAGGGUAAAAAUAGAUGCAGUCCCUACUUCGAAGGGCUGUGGGAGGAUAAAAUGAGAUAAUUUGUGUAUAAUGAGAAUAAUCAUGGGGAAGCCCUCGAUCUGCUCAAUUGGGGCAACUUUCACAGAGCUGGGUAGAUAUGCUUUGACUCCAUGGGAAGGAAUACAUGCUUUGUAUUCUGGCUAAAGGCUAUGCAUGACCAGAGGUUCCUGUUUAGUUCUUGUGUGUCCCUGUGACUGUGAGCUGUGCAAAGAGGAUUAGCUAUUGAGCCAAGAAAAGCCACUUUUUUUGUGGCCUAUAAGAAUUGAGAAAAGGCUAUUUUUGGUAAAGUUGUU